GUGCACCACUGAGUAGAUGGUUCAUUGGACAGAAUGGCUCUACGCGAGGCAACACUUUUCGGAAUAAUUAUUGUAUUCUCAGGCCACAUUCACUCUGUGUUUACAGCUCAAAAUGUAUGUAAGACGUAUGGCAGCGGCAUCUUUUAUUCCUUUAACAAAACUGCGUUUCAUCUGAAGACCACAUGUCCUGUAACGUUUACACGCUUCAAUCAUGCUGGAGUGGACUGUCAUAUCAUCGUCCAGCGUGGAUCGAAUGGCCUGAUGGACAGAGUGGAGAUCAUUGUGAAUAAAGUCACAACCCUCGUUCACAAUAACACUGUGACAGUGGAAGGCAGCAGAAUUUCCCUUCCAUACGAUCACACCUAUCAGCACGUGUUUCAUUAUGGAAUCUAUACCAGGCUCCAAAGCAAAGUUUUGCCAUUGUCUGUCACAUGGUACAGUGUAGCUAAUGGUGUUAGUUCACUUUGGGUGCAACUUAACCAGGAUUUAGUGGAGGGCAUGAGUGGACUUUGUGGGCACAAGAACAGCUUAGAAACUAUGCAGCAGCUGAUAUCCACUAGUGUCUUCUCUGAUGGUCAAUGUCUGACACAAGACUCUGUUAUACAGACAAACACAGUUUGUAAAAACCUUAUGUCCCAUGCUUACGAAUGUCUCGCUACUAAAUAUCAAACCUACCUGAAUCUGUGCUAUAAAAAUAUGAAUGGAUUAUGGCAUCAGGAAUCAAACUGCUCAUUUUUUAAAGAGCUCUCGCUGAUGUGCGGGAGCUCCAGUCCAGUGUGGUCAGUGUGGAGAUCAAAAAGCAACUGCCCCAAACCUCAUUGCCCUGGAGACUUGCACUAUGUAGAGAUGGGUCCUGCUUUCCCGCCAACCUGCAGCAACCCACAGAAUUACACCACAGAACUUACUAGCACCUGUCUGCCUGCUGAAGGAAAGGUCCUGAAUGAUCGCGUUGAUGGUUACCAUUCCAUUAAUGUGGAGGAAUGUCCAUGUGUGCAUGCAAAGAUAAUGUAUGCACCAAUGCAGGAGCGCAGAACAAAGUGCCAGACCUGUACCUGCAUCAGAGGAAACUGGGCAUGUUCUGCUAACACAUGUCCAGCCAAGUGUAUUAUUGAGGGCCAGUUCAUCACUACAUUUGAUGGCAAACAGUAUUCUAUGCUAGAAAAAUGCACCUUUGUGGCUGCAAGGGGACUUAACUGGACAUUGAACAUUCAAUAUUCUGGGCAAGGUAUUGUCAUAGAAAAGGCAUAUCUUAAUAUCAACCAGGAAAGAUAUACCUUCUCUGCAAACAGCAUACAACUGAACAACAUAGAAAUCAGUGACCUAUCACAGACUGAGUCUACCACAGUCUUUUGGCAGUCUUCAAUGUUCAUUCAAGUUCAGACAUCAUUUGGCCUGAAAAUGCAAGUUCAAGUCUCUCCAGAAAUUCAAAUAUAUUUGAAUUUGCCACCAACCGAAAACACUAAAGGUCUUUGCGGAACUUUUAAUAAUGACACAAGCGAUGACUUCACUACUUUUAGUGGGAUCAUAGAAAGUUCAGUUCAGCUUUUUGCCCUGUCCUGGUCAAUGGGCACAUGUACCCCAAUUACUGGAUGUAUCAACACUGACAAUGAGAUAUUUGCUGAGGAGAACUGUGACCAACUGAAAGAUCCAGAAGGAGUGUUUGCUGCAUGUCACGAUUAUGUACCUGUUUCACCCUUUGUCGAGGCAUGUGUAAAAAGAACAUGUCAGUGCUCAGCUGCAUUACAGGAAUGUUUAUGUGUCUCUUUUGGCAACUACGCAAAAGCCUGUGCAACUCAGGGAAUCACUGUUGGGGACUGGAGAUCAGAAACAAACUGCAUUCCUUCGUGCAUGGGCAACCUGAGGUUUGAUUAUGCCAUGUUGGCGUGUAACCACACCUGCCGUUCCUUCUCGGGCCCUGAUCCCACCUGUGAGGUGGUGGACGACCCUGUGGACGGGUGUGGAUGCACAUCAGACUCUCACCUGAGCAACCAACAGACCUGCAGCCCUCGCCCGCUGUGCAGCUGCUACCACCUAGGAGGUGUCACACCUCCAGGUCAUGUGGUUAUCGGUGGACGCCAAUGCUUGUGUGAAAAUGGACAACUUCAUUGUCCUAAAGUUUGCAAUUGCACAGUGGGAAAGAUUUGCCUGGAUUGUGCCCAAAUACCAGUGAACACAGCCCAUAGGACAUGUGAAAGCUUGAACAAACCUGUAAGUGAUGAUAACAGCUGUAUCAGUGGCUGUUAUUGUCCAGAUGGCCUUUUUGAAGAUCACAACGGUGGUUGUGUGGUUCAUGAAAACUGCACCUGCGAAUUCAGUGGGAAGGUGUAUGAAACUGGGCAGAGUGUAGAGACCAACUGUAAAAUAUGCACAUGUAGAGGUGGUGAAUGGUCUUGUAUAGAUGAGGCAUGUUCAGGAGUAUGUGAGGUGUUUGGAAAUGGACAGUAUCGCACCUUUGACUCCAAAUGGUACAGAUUCGAUGGCCACUGUCAGUACACCCUAGUGAAGGACGCUGGUUCAGCUGGGCAGUUUGCAGUUAAAACUGAGAGUGUUCCUUGUUGUGACGAGUCUUUAACAUGUUCCCGCGCCAUCUCAGUGGAGCUCUUGGGUGCAGUGACUCUGAUGUUGAGUGACAUGAAGGUAACUAAGAUACUUCAGGCAGGGGCUGCAUUGCUGGCAGAGCCCCUGUACUCAAUCCAAACUGUGGGCCUCUACAUCAUUAUCUCAGUUCCUGGACUGGGGAUCACUGUAAUCUGGGACAAACAUACCAGGGUCACCAUCCAACUAGAGCCUCAGUGGAGAGGGCGAGUGUUGGGACUUUGUGGGAACUUUGAUGGAAAGGUGACAAACGACCUUCUGACAAGCAGCUCCUCAGAAGUUUUCAGUGCUUUGGACUUUGGGAAUAGUUGGAAGACAGCAACUCCACCAUGCUCAGAUGUAACCCAUGAAACAUUUCCUUGUGAACGACACUCCUACUGUGCAGCCUGGGCCCAGCGGCGAUGUAUGAUCCUGAGAUCGGACACCUUUAUAGAUUGCCAUUUGAAGGUAGAUCCAGAGCCUUAUUACCAAGCCUGUGUUUUGGAGUCCUGUUCUUGUGAGUUUGAGGGAAAGUUUCUCGGCUUUUGUACUGCUGUCUCAGCUUACGCAGAGGUGUGCAGUGCAAAGGACGUCUGCAUCAACUGGAGAACCCCCGAUUUGUGUCCGGUGUAUUGUGACUAUUACAAUGAAGUGGGACAGUGCACCUGGCAUUACAAUCCCUGUGGCCAGGUUAAGACCUGUGGCACUAAUAACCACUUUACAGGAAAACUUGAAGGUUGCUACCCAAGAUGCCCUGAGGAGACCCCAUAUUAUGACGAAAACUUAGGAAAAUGCACCGCUUUGGACAACUGCACUUGUACCUUCAUGAACAGAGUGUUGUCACCUCCUGAUGAAAUGUGCACUUCUUAUACAUGCUGUAAAUGCCUUGAUGGACAAAUUGUCUGCACUCCUACAUUUACAUCUACAACUACGACUACAAUUUAUUACACAUCGACAGCUCAGUCAUCUACAACAAUAAUAACCCACACAGCCACAACACAACGACCAACAACUCAGAGCACAACACAAUACGUAAAACCAACAACAGAAUACACAACGAAACCAACAACUGAGAAGACAACAGAAUCUUCUACAACUCCAAUUAAAGACACAACUACAACACAACUACCAACAGCUGUGAGCACAAUAGAAUACAAAACCACAACAGAACCACCAUCCUCACAGAGCACAAAGGAAUACAAAACACAACUACCACCAACUGAGAGCACAACAGAACAUAAAACCACAACACGUCCAUCAACAACUAAAAGUACAACAGAAAUGUUUACAACUCCAAUGGAAGAAACAACCACAACACAACCACCACCAACUGAGAGCACAACAGAACACAGAACCACAACACGUCCAUCAACAACUGAAAGUACAACAGAAGCAUACACCACUCCAAUGGAAGAAACAACCACAACACAACUACCACCAACUGAGAGCACAACAGAACAUAAAACCACAACACGUCCAUCAACAACUAAAAGUACAACAGAAAUGUUUACAACUCCAAUGGAAGAAACAACCACAACACAACCACCACCAACUGAGAGCACAACAGAACACAGAACCACAACACGUCCAUCAACAACUGAAAGUACAACAGAAGCAUACACCACUCCAAUGGAAGAAACAACCACAACACAACCACCACCAACUGAGAGCACAACAGAACACAAAACCACAACACGUCCAUCAACAACUGAAAGUACAACAGAAACAUACACCACUCCAAUGGAAGAAACAACCACAACACAACCACCACCAACUGAGAGCACAACAGAACACAAAACCACAACACGUCCAUCAACAACUGAAAAUACAACAGAAAUAUACACAACUCCAGUGGAAGAAACAACCACAACACAACCACCACCAACUGAGAGCACAACAGAACACAGAACCACAAUACGUCCAUCAACAACUGAAAGUACAACAGAAACAUACACAACUCCAAUGGAAGAAACAACCACAACACAACCACCACCAACUGAGAGCACAACAGAACACAGUACCACAACACGUCCAUCAACAAUUGAAAGUACAACAGAAACAUACACAACUCCAAUGGAAGAAACAACCACAACACAACCACCACCAACUGAGAGCACAACAAAACACAGAACCACAACACGUCCAUCAACAACUGAAAGUACAACAGAAACAUACACAACUCCAAUGGAAGAAACAACCACAACACAACCACCACCAACUGAGAGCACAACAGAACACAGUACCACAACACGUCCAUCAACAAUUGAAAGUACAACAGAAACAUACACAACUCCAAUGGAAGAAACAACCACAACACAACCACCACCAACUGAGAGCACAACAAAACACAGAACCACAACACGUCCAUCAACAACUGAAAGUACAACAGAAACAUACACAACUCCAAUGGAAGAAACAACCACAACACAACCACCACCAACUGAGAGCACAACAAAACACAGAACCACAACACGUCCAUCAACAACUGAAAGUACAACAGAAACAUAUACAACUCCGGUGGAAGAAACAACCACAACACAACCACCACCAACGGAGAGCACAACAGAACACAAAACCACAACACGUCCAUCAACAACUGAAAGUACAACAGAAACAUACACAACUCCAGUGGAAGAAACAACCACAACACAACCACCACCAACUGAGAGCACAACAGAACACAAAACCACAACACGUCCAUCAACAACUGAAAGUACAACAGAAACAACCAUACCAACAAAACAAUACACAACUGCAACUCAGCCAACUACUGAAGCUACAACUUCUGUAAAAUAUAGCACUUCAGUGUCAACAGUGUCUACAACAGAAUUAAUAAUAGUAACUGGCCCUACUAUCACCAUUCUAAGUCCAAACUCACCUCAAGAAGUGAAUACAACAACUAAUCCUACAACAACAACCCCUUCUCUGACAUCUGUACUCAGUACUACAAUACCUACCACUGAACACACAACUCCAGUGUGCGAGUGCAAAGAUGUGAUGCGAAAUCAAAGCUGGCUGUGUGGAGAAACUUGGAGAGAGGAUUGUGCUGAUAAAGCCUGUAAUGCUGGAGUGACUGAGGUAAAAUCCAUUACCUGUCCAACAUCCGCAAUCAGGACUGAUUGCCCUAGAGACAAGGAGUCUUUGGUCAAAGAUGAAGAGACUUGCUGUGAGAGCUGGAAGUGUGACUGCCAGUGUCAAGUUUAUGGAGACCCACACUACAUCUCCUUCCAGGGGAUCACUUUUGACUUCAUGGAUAACUGCACCUACACUCUAGUGGAGGAGCGAGUACUGCAGCACAGAUUAAGCAUUACUGUAGACAACUACUACUGUGUGCCGGAAAUUGAUAAUUCGUGUUCUAGGGGAAUCACAUUAAAGUACUGGAAUGAUAUUGCCACACUUAUGGUAACAGAGGAGUUCACGGUAGAGUGUACAUUGAACCAGGAGAUUAUAAAACCACCAUAUGAAGAUCAGGUCUUCAAGUUUGAAAACAGUGAUAACCAGGUCUACAUCUACAUCAAGCCUAUCCGUUCCUAUGUUUCUCUUACACCUUUCAACAAUCUGUUAAUCAACCUGGCAAUGGAGUACUUCCAAAACAACACCCAAGGACAGUGCGGUGUCUGUGGUGGGCAGUCGUGUAUACGAAGAAACGGUGUAGUUGAAGAUGACAACUGCUGUGAUAAGACUGCAUAUGACUGGGUUGUAGAAGACUCUCUGAAACCCUACUGCAAAUCUGUGCUCACCAAUGUUCCUUGUGUCCCUCCCCUGCCACCUUCUCCUCCACCUCCACCUCCGCCAUCCUGCCAUCCUACAAUAUGUGACCUACUUCACCAUGAAGUAUUUGCGGAGUGUGGUGAAAGGAUCAAUCUUACAUCCGUAGAGAAGAAUUGCCGGUUUGACUACUGUUCAUACAAUAGUAGUGUUGGUGCCUGUUCCUCUCUGGAGUACGCAGCAUCAGAGUGCAAAAGGAUUGGUAUUUGUGUGGACUGGAGAUACCUUACCAAUGGCUUCUGUGAGAUCACAUGUCCGGAAGGAAUGAUGUACAACGAGUGUCGAAAGUCUCCAAAUGAUGUCUGUCGAGGCGGUGUCCGCGUGCCUGCAACCUCUGUGGUUGGUCUGAGAUCAGGCUGCUUUUGUCCAGAUGGCCAGAUGCUUGCAGAAGAACACAAGCAAAUCUGUGUGUCUGAAUGCCCAACAUGUAAAGGGCCAUUGGGUGAGCCCAUGCCGGUGGGAGCAGUAUGGGAAUCAAACUGUCACAUAUGCACAUGUAAUAACCAGACUAGAACUGAAGAGUGCAUACCCAAACCUCGAGAACCCACUCCAGUCUGCAGCACCUACUCCAUGCUGGUCUCUGACUGCUGUGACAAUCAGAUAUGCGUUGAGAAGAGUUGCGAGUACAAUGGAAAGACUUACGAGGUGGGUGAUCGCUGGACAGACCCUUCACGUCCGUGUGAGUCUUACAGCUGUAGUCAGACAGGAACUGAGGUUGUGAAAACCGUGUGUCCGGUGCAAACAUGUGCUGAGGAUUUACGAGUGUGGGAUGAACAUCAUUGCUGCUAUUCAUGUAAUGUUACAUGCACUGCCAGAUUGAUGAGGAUGAACCUCACGAUUGCUGACUGCUCACAGGAAGUCGAGCUGCCCAGUUGUGAGGGCCAGUGUGAGACACACAACAGGUGGGUUCAUACUAACGGCACACUUCAGCUUGAACAGAGUCACCAGUGCUGUAAAGAGAGAAAUUAUGAGAUGAGAGAAAUCAUGCUGACUUGCAGUAAAAACUCCCCAACCCACUUCACAUACAGACAUGUCACAGGCUGUGAAUGCAGGGUUGAAGUUUAAGUUUACCUGACACAGAAAUGUAUGAAAAUUUUAGUUAAUGUUACAUCUGAUUAAUUUUGGUGGUUGUAUAUGCACAAUUAAUAAUUAGAAGCUGAUGUGUGUGAUGAUUUAGUUUCAAGCCAAACAAACACAUUACUGCCGUUUGUACUUUUCAGCAUGUUUUAAGUGAAUCAGCUUCAUUAACUGCCAAUCUGUCUGUGCCAAAAUCAAUGCUUUAUAUUUGUUUAAAUGAUAACCACUAUUUUAUUUUGUUUUGUCAAAAACUUACUGCAAUUACGUGCAAUAUAUUUCAAUUAUCACUUUAAUUUGAUCUGUUUUAUGUUUUCUGCCUGUCACAUAUGAAUAAUGCCAUGCUUGUGUGUGUCUGUACUUUUAAUGUGAUUUCACAAACAAAUCAAACUUGUGAUUGUAACCUGAUAUCAGGUGUCAAGGCCUCAAAGGCUUUUGUAAUCCACUUCAUGGAGUCAUAAUUCAUAAUAACCAUUAAUUCAAUAAAAAAUAAGUUUGA